AUGUUGCUGGCUAAUGUCAAAACCAUUACCACAUGGAAAGGGCCAUCAAAAACUGUCUCAAGGAAAAAACUUUCCUUCGCAUCACCUAAGAAAUCAGGCCCUAAACGGAAACUGCCCCCUAUGGAUGAAUUUCUCAUCUUAUGUGAUGGCGGAAUCACAACAGAUUCCAGUGUGACCCUUGCAGAGAUUGAGAUGUGGAGGGUUGGCUCCCUAAAACAGUAUCUGGCUGAUCGAGGCUUGGUCAAGACUGGUACUAUAGGAGAACCGUGUGCCUGUGUAUUCAGUUGCAUAGAAGUGAAGUCCGCAGUGGAACACAAUAAACAACUGGUGCGCGACUACAGAGAUUUACUGAAUGUCGAAGGAAAAGUAAUUUCUGAUCCCAAUAACAUUCCAUCAAAACUAUGGCGUACUGAAGAGGAAUCAAUGGCAGAUUGGCCCCAUGUCCUAAUUUCAGACAUUAAAGAGUUCUAUGAUGGACUAUCCAGUGAUGGUGUAGAGCUUUCAAAGCGCCUUCUUUGCGAAUACAAAGAGAACAAAGCUUACAGAUACUACUCCAGUGGAUGAAUUGGUGAGAUCAAGUUUUAUAAUAUCCCAGACACAACAUUGACCUUAUAUAAGGUCAAAGUGACACCAUCGCAACGCUUAUCCAAUCCUGAGCAUGAGGCGUGGGCAUGUAUAUCGCAAGAAGGUGGGAUAAAGUCUGCAUAUUGUUCAUGCGUUGCAGGCUUUAUCCAAACCUGCAACCAUGUCUAUGGCAUGCUAUUUAAAAUCAAGGCCAUCAUGAAGGUUCGUAUUACAUGUACCUCCAAGCCAUGUGAAUGGACCCAACCAAAGACCAAAAAUGGCCUUCCAAAGAUGAUUCAGGACAUUAACUUCGUCAAAAAAUCAUUUGGCAAAGAACCAACCAGAAAACUGAUGUGACGACCGGCCAUCAAAAGGUGGUAAACCCUUGGUCUUUUCCGAUCGCCGGGCGUCAGAUUAUCCCUUCCGAUUGUAUAUUGUAUUAGUUAGAGUUAGUCUAGUGUAUAUAUUUACCUUGUACAUGUAUUUUGAGAAUUUCCAGUAACUUUCAUAUUUUCCUUUGGGUUUUGUUUAUACGGCCAUAUUGAAAAUGGCGGAAUCAAGUAUUUUACUUUUCCAGUAUUUUCAUUAUGGCCUUUACAGUAUUUCACUU